GAAGGGGCGGGACCCAGUGGGAGAGGCGGAGGCGGGGAGCCUAGACCCGGAGAGUCGGAGCAGAAGCUGGAGACAGACGGCCGGGGCUAAGCAGAUCCACACAGUUGCAGGUCCGAUCUUUGGGUCCUCCAGGAGCUGCUCCCCAGCCCCUGCUUCUCAACCUAUGGAUUCUCCAUCUAGCGUUUCAUCCUAUUCCUCCUGCUCUCUCUCUUCCUCUUUUUCCACCUCCCCAGUGAACAGUGACUUUGGCUUCCCCUCCGAUAGCGAGGGGGAGGACAAGGGGGCCCAUGGCCCCAGGCCAGACACUGUUGGGCAGAGGGAAGAUUCUCGGCCCAGCCCGGGUCCUAUCCGCCGCAGGCAACGACCCAAGGUUUCCGGUAACCGACAUACAGCAUCUCACUCGGCACAGCGGGGCUUGGCUUCUCCUAUGGCAGGAUGUGGGGUCAAAAGAUCAAGAGAUGGUGAAUUGGAGACCAGUCUAAACGUACAGGGUUGUACCACAGAAGGAGACCUGCUCUUUGCUCGGAAGUGUAAAGAGCUCCAGGGAUUCAUACGCCCUCUCACAGACCUGCUGAAUGGCCUGAAGAUGGGUCGCUUUGAGAGAGGGUUGAGCAGUUUCCAGCAGAGUGUGGCAAUGGACAGGAUCCAGCGUAUUGUAGGUGUUUUGCAGAAGCCACAGAUGGGGGAGCGUUAUCUAGGAACCCUGUUACAGGUAGAAGGGAUGUUAAAGACUUGGUUUCCUCACAUAGCUGCCCAGAAGUCAUCACUGGGUAGUAGCAGGCACCAGCUGACCAAGCAUUUUCCAAGCCGCCACAGUUAUCCAGCUGCUUCCCCUGCACCUCCCGUGGAAAAAUUGGACCAGACACAGCUAGGACAUCUACUAUUGAAACCAAAGCGGCCUUGGCACCUCACUGAAUGGCCAGCCAUGAACCCCACUUGGAUCCACACCACUCCGAUUUGCAACCCCUGUCUCAGCUCCCCCGGUUCCGUCUCCUUUGGCAGUGGUCCUUUAGGCACUGGGACCAGCAUUGGUGUCAUCCUCUUCCUCCAGCACGGAGAGCAGCCCUUCACCCACUCUGCUCCGACCACUCCAGUCCCACCCACUACAGAAUCUCCUGUCAUCCCUGGUGACCCUAAGAAACUGUCUGGGGAGGGACCUCGUUGCCACAGUUUGCCAGUCACUCUGCCAUCAGACUGGACCUGUACCCUAUUCCCACCCAAUCUAACCCCCACGGCCAGAGAGAGGACCAUGGGACACCCAAAGCAGAUGAGAAGCCAUCCUCCGGGUGCUCUUGAUGUCCAUCCUCUCAGCCCCUAAUCCAGGACUGGAGACUGUGUUUUCUAAUACAUGUAAAUGUGUGCGUGUGCACGCGUGCGCGUGUGGGUAUACACAUACAUAUGUGUGUGUGUGUGUAUAUAUAUUUUUAAAUUUCAAUGUGUGCAUUUGUGUUGAAGGAAGAGACGUCUUUUCUGAUUAAAGAAAUUUUAAACCUAAA